UGCGCGCAGAGCACUGUACUAAGCGCCUGGAAAGCAGGAUUCAGGCCCAGCAGGGCCGGGAGCCGGCCUGUCGCUGUCGCGAUGGAGAGCAGGUGCUACGGUUGCGCCGCCAAGUUCACCCUCUUCAAGAAGGAGUGUGGCUGUAAGAACUGCGGCCGCUCCUUCUGCUCCGGCUGCCUCAGUUUCACCGCCGCCGUUCCCCGGGCGGGCAGCGCCCAGCACAAGGUGUGCAAGCCCUGCCAUGAGCUGCUGACCAGGGGGUCCUCUGUGGCCAGUGCUGCCAGGCGGUCCCCCCCUGAGAACUACAAGAGACGUGUCGCCGAGCUGGAGGCCAGACGGGGUCCAGCAGCCUCCGGCCCCGCGGGCCUCCUCUCCCCGGACCAAGUCAUCGCCCAGCGCCUGGAGAGGCUCCGGCAGGACGGCCAACCCAAGCCCGUGCCCUCGCCAGCGGAGAUUGAAGCCCGGCUGGCAGCCCUGCAGGCCCCGCGAGGCCCCGUGCCCCCCGUCCGGGAGAUGGAAGAGCGUCUGGCGGCGUUGCGGGGUCACCCACCGCCCGCCCGGGCCCCCCGGCCGGCCCAUCAGCCCCCCGACCCCAGGACCCAGGCCCGGCAGGCGGAGGACUUACUGGCCCAGCUGGCAGCCGAGGUGGCCAUCGAUGAGAGCCAGGAACGGGUGACCCCGCCGGCAGCCGCCGCCCCCCAGAAUGACCUGAACAGGGGCAGCCGGAGCGGGGGUCCGGCGGGCCCGGCCCCCCGCCAGCUGGAGGAGGAGAAGAGCCGGCUGCUGGCCGAGGCCGCGGCCGAGCUGCGGGAGGAGAACACCCGGCAGGAGCGAUUCCUCGCCCUGGCCAAGCGCCUGGCCGUGCUGCGGGGCCUCGACCCCGACCGAGUGACCCUCCAGGACUACCACCUGCCCGACAGCGAUGAGGACGUGGAGGAGGAAGAGGCCAUCCGCAGGGUGGUACAGCAGCUCGUGGAAGAAGCAGCCCUGGACGAGGCCGGCGGCUUCAACAUCCCCGCGGGGCGGCCACCCCACAGCCAGCCCCGGCUCCACCUCCCGGAGGGCCAGGGCUCACCCCCCGUGCCCGCUGUGCCCACUUCGCCCAUCACGCCUACGGAGGAAGAGCUGCCCUGGUGCUGCAUCUGUAACGAGGACGCGACCCUCCGUUGCCACGGCUGUGAUGGGGACCUCUACUGCUCUCGCUGCUUCGGGGAGGGCCACGAUGCCUUCGAGCGGAAGGAGCACAGGACGACCGCCUUCUGCGCGCCCCGGGCAGGCCAGGACUACUGAGGCAGGGCCGCCCGGCCAAGGAGGAAACCCAGUCCCGGCCCUGGCUGACGGGUGCCCGACCCGGCGCAAGGCGGUGGCUGGAAACUGAGGCAGACCUGUCGGCUCUGGGCACCAACACAGAAGGCCAUCUCGUUCUCCGGACCUCGGUUUCUCCACAUCUGGAGUGAAGAGGGCAACCGGCCUAAGGGGAAGUGCCGGGGAGAAGAAGUCCCCUACAGCUGGUCUGGACUCUCUGGCUCCAAUAAAACAUACCACCCACUCUCCCUGA